UAUUUGAUAUAAUGUAAUAAAUUGGCCUACGUUUCCGUCUGGGGAGGGGAAGGUGGUGCUGCGCUACUCAAUUUACUCACUGUCCAGUGUCUACAAUGCAUCUCGGUGCUCCACACCUCUUCUUCUUAUAAACACCCUACCCUCUCUCUCUCUCUCUCUCUCUCUCUCUCUCUCUCUCACUUAUAUUCCAAGCCCGUUUCGUUUUGAGGGUCUUGAUCUUUAUGUCAUCGCCGGAAAGUUUCGUUUCCCAUCCUCUUUUGGCUCCGAUCGUGUCCUGCAUUGCCCGACCUACCUCAAAUCAGAUCUUUUGCAUUUUUAGUACUGCUUACGGCCCUGAGUCGGUGUGUUAUUCGGCUAUUGUGAUCCAUGGUGUCAUGUUAUGAUUGCUUUUUCGUUGAAUGCUUUUUUGAUUGACUGAGAUGAACCCACUUUGCUGCAUUGCUCCGGUUUCCAUCGAUCGGGACCCGGCUAAUCCGAUCCUUGAGAAGUCUCCGGUUCAGUGCCAGUUAGGGCUCGGCGCGUCGAUUACAUCGGUGUACUACCCGAAAACCGGUCUCUCGGCUCAGGUUUCGUCGACUGGGACUGACUCUGACAAAGUUUCGGCAGCAGCGAACCAGGAUUUUGAAGAUGCAGUCGUCGAAGCGAGGGACUCGAAAGCGUAUGGGGGCGUGAGUGGCAGCGUGGCCGGGAUUCUGUACAAGUGGGUGAACUACGGGAGGGGAUGGAGGUCGAGGUGGUUCGUGCUCGAAGACGGUGUGAUCUCGUACUAUAAGAUUCACGGCCCGGACAAGAUUCUAAUGAACCCGGCAAGAGAGAAAGGCGGUAGGGUGAUCGGCGACGACUCUCUGAGGUAUAUGAGGAAGGCUAAUUGGAGUAGCAAUCGGCUCGGUUCGUCGGCCAAGCAGUGCAAGCCUUUUGGCGAAGUGCAUUUGAAGGUUUCUUCAAUCCGUGCAAGCAAAUCAGACGAUAAAAGGCUUUCCAUUUUUACAGGAACAAAAACACUUCAUUUGUGGUGUGUAUCUACGGAGAACAGAUCUGCAUGGAUUGAGGCACUACUGGCUGCUAAAGAUCUAUUUCCUAGAGUGUUGACUGGCAAUGAUUUUGCCUCUACUGAAGAUGUAGUUGUUUCAACAGAGAAACUCCGUUUACGAAUGCUGCAGGAAGGCAUUGGCGAAUCAGUCAUCAAAGAUUGCGAAUCAAUCAUGCUAUUAGAACUCUCUGAGUUGACAAGCCAGUUCAAGGCUCUUCAACAUAAACAUGUAAUGUUGUUGGACUCAUUGAGACAACUGGAGACUGAUAAAAUAGAGCUGGAAACAAAAGUAGUGGAUGAAACAAAGGAACGUGAGUCAUACUGCGAACAAGGGAAUAGGCGAUUUAGUGAUUUCUAUUCUGUCAUGUCAGAGGGCAGUGCAACAGACUCUUGUGCUGAUAAUGAGAGUCAAGAUGGUGUAGAUGUUGAAAUGGAUGAAGAUGAUGGAACAUAUUUUGAUACAAAUGAUUUUUUAUCUUCAGACGCUUUAAGAAGUGCUUCGUAUAGGAGUAGGGAAACACUUGGAAAUGCUUGUAUGUUCAAUAGAGAUUCUUUUUCUUCUGAACAUUUGUGUGGAAUUGAGAAGGUGAUCAGGGUAGUUGAAUAUCCUUAUGUCAACAGAAGGAAAAAUUUGCCAGAACCAAAGGAGAAAGAGAAGCCUGUCGGCUUGUGGUCGAUUAUUAAGGAUAAUAUUGGAAAGGACCUUUCUGGAGUUUGUCUUCCUGUAUAUUUUAAUGAACCGCUGUCUUCAUUGCAAAAGUGCUUUGAAGAUCUGGAGUAUUCUUACUUGGUUGAUCGAGCACUGGAAUGGGGAAAGCAGGGAAAUGACUUGAUGAGAAUUUUAAACAUUGCGGCUUUUGCCAUCUCUGGUUAUGCAUCUACAGAAGGUCGGCAGUGCAAACCCUUCAAUCCUCUCCUUGGGGAGACAUAUGAGGCUGAUUAUCCAGAUAAAGGGCUUCGUUUUUUCUCCGAGAAAGUUAGUCACCACCCAAUGAUUGUUGCUUGUCAUUGUGAGGGAAGAGGAUGGAAAUUCUGGGCUGAUUCCAAUCUCCAAGGCAAGUUUUGGGGGCGCUCUAUUCAGCUUGAUCCUGUAGGUAUCCUUACUCUGCAGUUUGAGGAUGGUGAGACAUUUCAGUGGAGCAAGGUUACCACUUCUAUAUACAAUAUCAUACUAGGUAAAAUCUAUUUUGACCAUUAUGGAACCAUGCGCAUUAAGGGAAGUGGCAAUUACUCCUGCAAGCUGAAGUUCAAGGAGCAGUCCAUCAUCGACCGAAAUCCCCAUCAGGUCCAUGGAUUUGUGCAUGACAAUAGAACUGGCGAGAAGGUAGCUAUGUUGGUAGGGAAGUGGGAUGGGGCGAUGUAUUAUGUGCUGGGAGAUCCAUUUACAAAGCCUAAGGGUUAUGAUCCAAUGACAGAAGCUGUACUCCUGUGGGAAAGAGAUAAAUAUGUUACUAAGACAAGAUACAAUCUCUCUCCUUUUGCAAUAUCCUUAAAUGAACUGACACCUGGAUUAUUGGAGAAAUUGCCUCCAACUGAUUCGAGGCUGAGGCCAGAUCAAAGACACGUAGAGAAUGGAGACUAUGAAUUGGCAAAUACCGAGAAGCUAAGACUUGAACAGUUACAGAGACAGGCAAGGAAGUUGCAGGAGACAGGCUGGCAGCCAAGAUGGUUUCAGAAGGAUGAGGAUGGUUGCUACCGUUAUAUGGGUGGAUACUGGGAAGCAAAAGAAAAAAAGAACUGGGAUGGAAUUCCUGAUAUAUUUGGCCAGUGUAAUGAUUGCCAUUCUUGCUCUGGAGAAGAGUGAGUUUUACUGUGCACUAAAUUAUUUUAUUUCCCUCCCCCAUUUUCUUAUCUUCCCCCUUUUCCUUCAUCUGAACGUGAGUUUAGAAUAGGUACUGCCAAGUUAUAAAGAAGUUCCUCAAAAGUGUAAUGCUAGUUUGUUAGGUUUUUUGCGAUCUACACCCUUUCUGUUGGUUCACCUAUCAAGGGCAGUAUUUAUGGGAGUGCACUCUUUUCCUUGCAGUUUUUCUAAUGGGAACUUGUAGAGACCUCACUAGUCAUCUAAGUAGUUAAAAUCAAUGUUUUUAUUUCCGCUCCGUUCCAGCCGGAAUGACCGAAUUUUGCCGUUCCAGCACGGCUUAGGUAGUUGUUCCGUACCAGCUAAAAUUGUAGCCAUCGGCCUGUUCCGAUCCAUUCGGGACGAAUUCUGGUAUUCCGGCCAGAAUGAAACAUCUACAUAUGGCAUUAUCGUAAAUGCUUUGAAUAGUAAGGGGCAAGUUUGUAAUUCCCCACCAUUUACUUCUUCCCCUUCCCUUUAGAUGAGAACUGAGAUCCCUAGUUCCAGUCUUCUGUUUUGGCAUUUUGCUCUCUGUCUCCACUCUCUACACUCUGACAACCGACACCGAAGCCACCUCCACACUCCAUGCCGUUGCAGACUCGCAGCUCGAGCCUCGUGUUCCAUGCCAUUGCAGCUACUGUUGCUCUGUUGAAGCUCUGUUCGCUCGUGUUGAUCGAUCAGCUCUGUCUCAGCUUGUGUUCCUCUGCUGUAGGUCGAUGUCCACCUCCACACUCCACCACUCACUCCAGACCGCUAGUAUAAACCCACUCCACACCCAUUUUGACCGGUUAUUGCUCGAUUUGAGCUGCGACAGAGCAAAGCUGUAAAACUUUUGCAGCUUAUUUCUCUGCUUUGAUAUCAUAUGUGAGUUGAUGUUAAAUAAUAGGACAUAGGAGCAGGAAACGGACAAGAACUUGCUCAGUUCGUUGAAGUUUCAUGGUUGAUUUGUGAGUGGAGGCAUUGGUUUGCUUACUAAAGUCGGUUGGAUUUGGUGAACCAUUUUCUGGAAUCUGAUUCUUUUUUGUGGGUUGCUUGCAUAUGUUUAGCGCACCGAACAACUGAGGGCCCUUCUUUACUAUGUUGUCUCUUUUAUCUAAUUUGUUGUCUUGCCUCAGAAUAUUAUUGUUUGAUAACUGAUCGUCCAAAUCAAAGGAUGUGUCUAUAUUUUAUAUUUGUAUGGAAUCGGUGUGAAUUUAGGAGGCUGUGUUGUAUACGAUAAUUGAGUUUGUGAAGGUGGGAAAAUAGUGUGAUCGGGACUUUGGAUAUGUAUGGUAUUAUGAGUUUUUCAGAUACAUAUGUUUUUAAGAUUGUAUUGAGAAGUAUUAUUAAGUUUUUCAUGUAUGUAUGUUUUUAAGAUUUGUAUUGA